CGUCUUGAUUCUGAAAACAGUGUCCAGAUGAUUACGACUGAACCUUUUUUAUGAUAAAACACUCCUGGACGAAUGAGGGACUACACGGUCCCAUCUACAGCACAGACUUUACUACCACACAGUCAUGCCACCUUCAAAAGUAUUUCUGAUGAUUCUGCUGUGGUGGGAUGUAUCAGCAGUGAUGAUGAGACUGACUACAGGGCUGUGAAGAAACACCCAACUCAUCUAGAGAGGUACACACAACUUACUUUAGCAGCCCUCAAAAGGAAGUCAUCCACUGAAGGUUCUUUGGCCCCACCCUCCAAACAAACCAAGCUGUGGGAGACUCAAAGAGUGUCCCAGGCAAGUGUGGAUAAAGUAGUCCUCCAAUUCAUUGUCCAAGGCUUGCACCCACCACACAUUGUUCAGCAACAGAGCUUCAUUGAUCUUGUGCAACAUCUUCAGCCAAAUACAAAUGUCAUGACACGCAAUACUGUUGUAAACAAAGUCACAAAGGCCUCUGUUGAAAUGAAAAGAAAACUGAAAGCUGCCCUUAGUGAAAUUGAGUUCAUAGCAACAACAACAGACUGCUGGACGGCACACCGUCGCGGUUUCAUUGGUGUCACUGCGCACUUGUUUAACCCUCAGACCAUGCAGAGAUCUUGUGCUGCCCUGGCAUGCAAGCAACUUAAAGGGUCCCAUACCUUUUCUGCCCUGGCUGGUGCCCUAAAUGAUAUUCAGACAGAAUUCAAUAUCAGAGAGAAGAUUGUUCGCACAACAACCGACAACGGAUCAAACUUCCUGAAAGUCUUCAGAGUUUAUGGGCAGACUGACGAGAACAACAAUCCUGAACCUGUAGGAGAGGGUGAUGGAGAAGAGGAUGAUAGUGGCCAAAAUGAUGAUUAUGAUGAAGAAGAGGAAAGUGUUGAGGGUAUUGAAUUUGUUGAUGCUGGAGCCCUGUUGGACAAAGAUGACUACUUGGAAUACCAACUACCCAAGCACCAUCGCUGCGCCUGCCACCUCCUCAAUUUAGUGUCCACAGUUGAUGCUUCAAAAGCAGAGGUCAACCCAUUGUACAAGCGCGUGUCAAGGUCCACAUUUGCCAAAUGCUCUAGCCUGUGGGACAAAAGUUCAAGAUCAACCAUCGCAUCUGAAGUAAUUGAAGACCACCGCAAACUCCAACUCGUAUAGCCUGUUGCUACAAGGUGGAAUUCACUCUUCUCAGAAAGAAUAAUGAGAAUAACAGGAGAACAAGGUGAAGGAGCCCUUGCAGCUGUCUGCAGUGAACUAGAUACACCUAAGUUUACUCCAGUGGAACUUGCAUUUCUUGCAGAAUAUGCAAAGACAAUGAGCCCAGUUGUAAAGGCACUGGAUGUUGAACAUACAGAUGGAAUGGUUGGUCCCCACCAUAACUCUACUAAGGACCAAGCUCCAGCACCUUCACGUCACCUCCAAGUUCUGUGAACCUUUGAUUGCUGCACUCUUUCAGGCCUUGAAAAACACUUUGGUGAGAUGCUUGCAGAUGCAGAGUUGAUAGCCGCAGCCAUUCUAGUUCCCAAAUUUAAGACCUGCUGGACUAGUGAUGAAAAUAUCCUCAAACUUGGCCUUGACUAUAUCAGAAGCCACUUGGACUGUCAGGCCGAGAAUCACAUCAGCGAGGGCUCUCAGUCAUCUGAGGAAGAGGACUUCUUUUCCUCCUUGAAGAAGACUGGCCCUCUUGGAACGACCCAGCAGUUGGAUGCGUACCUGGGGUGCCCAGGAGACACAGUAGAAGUACUGAAGUCCUUUCCAGCUGUGUGCCAGCUAUCACUUAAGCUCAAUACCGCACUCCCUGCCUCAGCAGCCUGUGAAAGACUGUUUAGUGUUGCAGGGCUGAUCUUCAGGCCAAGAAGAGCAUGUAUUAGCUCAAAGAACUUUGAGAACCAGCUGCUUUUGCGGCUGAACAAAGCAUAUUGGUAAUUUGUUGUAUGUUCUGUGCUUAACUGAUGUAGAUCCUGAUGUAGAUUACCCUGUUGUUGUACAUACAGGAUUAAGUCAAAAGUGUUACAUCUUCUAGUUAAAUGUGACAUUGUUGCCAUUAGCUAUAGAAGUGAGCAUAGUACAUUCCA